GCCAUCCUCCAAAGAGACAAAAUGGCAAAGAUGACUUGCAAAAGUUGUCAACUUCUGGAGGGAACCGGUGCCAGAAAUUUUAUAGCCUCGAUAGACACUUUUAUCUUUGAUUGUGAUGGGGUCCUUUGGAAUGAAGCUGGCCCCCUAGAUGGAGUGGUGGAAGUUUUGCAAGAGCUUCGAAGAUUGGGUAAAAGGGUUUUUUUUGCUACUAAUAAUAGCUCCAAGUCAAGAAUGGCAUAUCUCAAGAAAUUUGAGAAAUUUGGAAUUGUAGCUUAUGAGGAAGAAAUCUAUGGAACAGCAUAUGCUGUUGCAUAUUAUUUAAAGGAGAUUCUGAAGUUUGAAAAAAAAGUUUUUACGAUUGGCACAACAGGGAUGGUGGAGGAACUUGAUGCCAUGAAUAUUCAACAUACUGGUUCUGGUGUAGGUUGGAUCAUAUUUACUUUGGACCCUGAGGUUGGAGCUGUUAUCUGUGGAUUUGAUGAGCACUUCAGUUUCCACAAGCUCAUCAAAGCAGCCAGUUACCUUGCCAAAGAUUCCUGUUUGUUCAUUGCCACAAAUCUAGAUGACAGGUUUCCAUUCAACCAGAAUGGUGUGGUUAUUCCAGGGACAGGUUGCUUGGUGAUUUCUGUGGAAGCAGCAGCUAGAAGGAAAGCUAAAGUGAUAGGGAAACCAGAGAGAGUCAUGUUUGAGUGUAUUCAAUCACGGCAUGCUAUUGACCCUUCAAAGACUUGUAUGAUAGGAGACAGAUUGAACACAGACAUUAUGUUUGGAAACAACUGUGGAUUGAGGACUGUUCUAGUGCUGACAGGAAUCUCAUCCCUUAAAGAUGUUGAAAAUGUACAGACCUCAGUCAGUCCAGACAAUAUGAAUUUAGUACCAGAUUUUUAUAUGCCAAGUUUAGAAUCACUGAAAUCAUCACUCAACAUAUAAUUAGCCAUGGAAGGUAAAUGGCUUGCCUAAUUUACCAGUAACAACUGAUAUUUGAAUAAAUCAAGUUUUCUUGUUUGUUAUGA